AUGCAUGCCCUCCGACAACCGCCGAGCUCCCGCCCCGACGUUUCAUGCUGCCUGCUCUGGCUGCGACUUCAUGAACGGGGAGAGCUAAUGAUUGCCCCCAUCAAGGCAUUUUUUAACAUUAUUCUUCGGGACUUGGGUGUGAAGAAUGUCAAGACCCAAGAGCUGUUCACGCUUGAUCAGGCCUCGUUGGACGCCCUGUCAAAGCCCGUCUUUGGCCUGAUAUUCCUGUUCCAAUACGAGCCUGGCCAUGAAGAAGACGAGCGACCUAUGCACACGGAAAGCGAUAUAUGGUUUGCGAACCAGGCAAGAUCACGACUCACCCUCACUUUGCUAAACAUUGUCAUGAACUCGGAGAAUCUGGACCUCGGGGAGAGGCUGCAGGAUUUUAAAGAAUCCACAAAAGACCUUUGUACUGCUCUUAGGGGACACAGUAUCAGCUCAAACAAAUUCAUCCGCAAGGUCCACAACUCCUUCACGAGGCGUAUGGAUCAACUCAAUGCAGACCUGUGUCUGGAGAACGACGUUAGUGAUUCCAAGAAGAAAUCAUCUUCCAGAAAAGCAGGUAAACGGAAGAGAAAAAGCAAAAAGACGGCGCUGGAAGAGUACGGAUAUCAUUUUAUCGCGUAUGUUCCUCAUGGCACAUACGUGUGGGAGUUGGAUGGCUUGAGGAGAAAUCCUCUGAAGCUUGGACCGCUAGAAUCCCAAGAUUGGACCACCAUUGCCAGACCACAGAUUGAGGCAAGAAUGCUUCAGAACGAGGACAGCCAACUCUCAUUCAAUUUGUUAGCCGUCUGCCGUGGCCCGCUACUACAACACAGCCGAAAGCUUGCCACUAUGCUUGCGGCAUUGGGUUACAUACGGUCUCGUAUGGAUGACAGCGAGCCAUUCAGGAAGUUGAUAUCUGCAGACGAGCCGGUCCUGGAUAUCGACGACCAAGCUCAACUCGCCAAGUUCAACCUCAGCUAUUCGGAUCUUCAGAAUGCGGAGAUACCACACCAACUGAAGGUUGCGGCGUCCCGCUCCAACUGGGAGGUCUCAGAUGCCUACCACUUCUACCAGAGAUUUAGCUUGGAAGCAAGGGCUGCCAUGGAUGAAUUUCGCAGCGAAAUUAUCGUCAUGGAGGAGGACGACCAUCGAGUCACCGGCCGCAGGCGGGAUUAUGGCAGUGCACUGCACUGCUGGGUACAGAAGCUAGCAGAAAAGGGGGUGCUGGAGGACAUCAUCAAAAUGUCCUCGUGA